UUGGAUACAGACGAACUUUCAGUUGGAGUGAAGAUCUACUUCAAGUAUUGGACGUUGGACUAUUGCUUUAGUUAAAGGAUCUUUUGCUUUAGUUGUUCAGGUACGAUAUUUCUAGUUUAUUAAAAAUGGAUCUAAAGGCAUUGUCGAUAAAAAAGAGAGUUGUCAAGAGUAGUCUUACUAGACUAAGAGAGAAAAUUCUGGGGAAUGUUGACGACUCAGAUAGUGUGCAACUUGAUCUUUACCGUUCGAAAUUGGGUGCAAUUGCUAAUGAAGUAAAGGAGGUCUUUGAGAGACUGUUUGAUAUUUGUAAGGAAGACGAAAUAGAACAAUAUAUUGAGGAAAGUCAAAUAGCACAAGAUUCGAUUGAUGAGUUGAUAUUAGUGAUAGAUAGAACAAAUUUAAAAUUGGAAAAUAGUAAUAGUAUAUCCAACGUUGAUAAAGCUAGUGGAAUGUCAGAUUUAAAAUUACCUAAAUUAACAUUGCCCUCAUUUAGUGGUAAUUUUGAGGAAUGGCUGCCAUUUAGUGACCUGUUCCAAGCAGCUAUUACAAACAAUGGAAAAUUGUCAGGUGCUCAAAAACUACAGUAUUUAAAGUGUUCAUUAAAAGGAGAAGCUUUAAAAAUCAUACAAUCCCUAUCCAUUUGUGAUCGAAAUUUCAAAAUUGCAUGGGAACUACUUUCCCAACGAUAUUCUCGGAAAAGAGAAUUGGUAGCUUCGUUAAUUAAGAAGAUAUUGAGUUUGCCAACAUUAAAUUAUGAAAAUGUGGCACAGAUUUUAAAUAUUGUUGACUCAACUACAGAGUGUAUUCGAUCCUUAGAAGCUCUAAAUUUUAAUAUAGAUGAGUUUUCGAGCAUAUUAUUUAUGUUCAUUAUUCAAUUUAAAUUGGAUGCAACAACCAGAGGCUGGUGGGAGCACUCACUUAAAGGUGAUGAUAUUCCUCCAUUAAAUGACUUAUUAGAAUUUUUGAAGGGUCAUGUUAGAACUCUACAGCCAACCAAAACACAGAUGAAUAAAAGAUUCAUGCCUAAGGUUACAUCUCUCUCGUCUCAAAUGAAGGGACAAUGUGCAUGCUGUAAGGGAGACCACGCUUUAUACAAAUGUACUAAAUUUCAGAAGCUUAAGGUACAGGACAGAAUAGAGUUAGCAAAAAGGGAAGGUUUGUGCUUUAAUUGUUUGUCGAAAAAUCACAGGGUGAGAAAUUGCACUGUCAAUGCUUCUUGUUUAAACUGCAAGAGAAGACACAACUCACUCUUGUGUUAUGGAAAGGAAAGAAAUUCCAUCUCUAAGGUAGACUCCGAGUCAAAUCCACAAACUAGCCUUUCAUCCAUGAAUUCAAGUAUAUGUCCUGAGAUGACGAAAGAGACAAUUUGUAAGUCAAUUUGUGCCUCACAUUGUGAAGGAGGGUCAAGAAAGAAUGCAAACAACCAAGUUCUAUUAUGUACUGCUCAAAUUAAGGUUUUAAAUUCUAACAACGAAUGGGUAGAAUGUCGAUGUUUAUUAGACUCAGGAAGUCAGAGAUCAUUUAUUUCUAAAGAGUGUGUGACAAAAUUAGGAUUAAAUGUAAGGGACAGUACAAUUUCGGUUUCAUGUUUAGGCGCAUUCACCACUAUGAGCAAUGGAGAGGUUGAAUUGAUAUUUACUUCACAUUUUAAAAGUGAACUGCGUGCUUCUACUUCUGCCUUUGUAAUAGAAAGAGUCACUGAAAACCUUCCAUAUGUUUCAUUACCUUCAGAGAUUUGCACUGACUUUAGUGAUCUUAUUUUGGCCGAUCCUUUCUUUUAUAUUUCAAGGAACAUAGAUAUCCUGUUUGGCGUAAAUGUAUUUCUGUCGUUAAUCAAUGGAAAUUUAAUUAAACGUAGUAUGAGCUGUCCAUUUGCAUUGAGUUCUAAAUUGGGUUGGAUUAUCUCAGGCAAAGUGACCUUUGAAUCCCAUGAGCCCAACAGAGUUGUGGUGAAUCAUUCGUGUGUAAAAACGGAUGAGUUAGUGAGAUCAUUUUGGGAACUUGAAAAUAUUCCCUCAUCUCGAUUAUUAAGUACUGAGGAAAAGUUGUGUGAAAUUCAGUUCGAGAAAAGUGUUUGGAGAGAUGAUCACGGACGAUAUUAUGUUGCAUUACCCUUUAAACCCGAUAGAAAGGCGUUAGGAGAUUCUCGUGUUGCUGCCCUUAGAAGACUUUACAGUUUAGAAAGGAGACUCGCUAUGAAGCCAGAUAUCUAUAAUCAGUACCGACAAUUUAUGCAGGAAUAUUUGUCGUUAGGACAUAUGGAGUUAAUCUCACCUAAUUGUAAAGACUUAGAAAAUCAACAUUAUUAUAUCCCUCAUCAUUAUAUAAUAAAGGAAUCAAGUUUAACGACCAAGUUGAGAGUAGUGUUUGAUGGCAGCACAAAAUCUUCAUCAGGUAUUUCCCUUAAUGAUACCUUAAUGAUUGGUCCAAAAACCCAGGAAGAUUUGAUUAAUAUACUUUUAAGAUUUCGUUGUCACAAUAUUGCAAUAACAGCUGAUAUCAAGCAGAUGUAUCGACAGGUGAAGGUUAGACCUGAGGAUUGUGACUUUCAACGAAUAGUUUGGAGAGAGAGUUCAGAAAUGCCAAUACAAACUUUUCGUCUUAACACAGUCACCUAUGGAACAACAUCAGCUCCAUAUUUGGCUACGAGAGCUUUGAAGCAGUUAGCGAUUGAUGAGAGUGUAGAGUUUCCGAGAGCCUCAAAAAUAGUAUUGCGAGAUUUCUAUGUGGAUGACAUGUUGACUGGUGUAAACAACUCUGAAAUGGGUAAGGAACUGAUUAAUGAAUUAAUUCAAUUAUUAGGUAGAGGUGGAUUUGAGCUCCACAAAUGGUUCACAAGUGAACUAUCUAUGUUAAAGGAUGUGCAUGGCGGUUCGUUAGAUGACAUGUAUCAUACAGCUAGUGGAACUAGGGUGAUAGAGAUUUUAUGUCUGGAGUGGCAUCCCAGAGAAUAUAUUUUCAGACGUGACUUAUGGUGGAAUGGCCCUGAAUGGCUGAUGUCCAAUGACAUCCCAUUCACCAAGAAUAUACCUAUUUGUGAUGCAGCAUUAAGGGAGGAGGAGCGUAAACAUGCUACUUGUAGUGUUAGCACAAGCAUAGAAGAGCUGCCUGUCAUUAGUAAAAUAUCAUCAUUUGUAAAACUUCAACGAAUCAUGGCGUGGUGCCUAAGAUUUAUAACAAAUGCAAAAUUAUCACCUCCUGAUAGGAUCUAUGGGCAUCUUACAACCAAGGAAUUAAGAGAAGGUUUAAUCUGCAUCAUCAAAAAUGUUCAAACAAUAAGCUUUUCGGAAGAAAUAAAGUGCAUUCAGUCUGGGAAAUCGUUGCCAAAAAGUUUCAAAAUAAGUAAUUUAUGUCCAUUUUUAGAUAAUUAUAAUAUAUUAAGAGUUGGAGGCAGAUUGCAGAAUUCCACCCUCAAUUUUUAUAAGAAACAUCCUGCAAUACUGCCUGCUAAACAUUAUUUGACUAAAUGUAUUUUAACCUACUUUCAUAGGAAAUAUCUACAUCUUACCGGACAGGCUUUAUUGUAUCAAGUGAGACAGAUGUUCUGGCCUUUAAAUGGAAGAUCACUCUGCAGAAAGGUUGUUCAUGAAUGUAUUACUUGCUUUAAGGCUAAACCAGUUGUUUCUCAGCCUUUAGGUAAUCUACCUUAUGAGAGAGUGAACCAAAAUUAUGCGUUCAACUGUACAGGAAUUGACUUUUGUGGACCAUUUCUCAUAAAAAUAUAAGAAUCAAAGAAGAGGUACAGUACGUAUAAUAAAAUUUAUGUGUGUAUCUUUAUUUGCUUGGUGACUCGAGCCAUACAUCUUGAAAUAGUAUCUGAGCUCACAUUUGAUUCAUUUAUUGCAACAUUAAAGAGAUUUUUCUCGAGACGCGGUAAAAGUGCCAAAUUAUUUACGGAUAAUGCAAAAACAUUUAUUGGAGCCCAGGCAGAAUUGAAACAAUUGUACAAUAUGGUAAAUAAGCCAAAUGAAAAAUUGGUUAGUUAUUUGUCAUCAGAAAACAUUCAGUGGAACUUCAACCCCCCUAGAGCCCCAAACUUCGGUGGAUUGUGGGAGGCAGGAGUUAAAUCGUUCAAGUAUCACUUAAAAAAAGUUGUAGGUGGUACAAUCUUGACAUUAGAAGAGUUUCUCACAAUCACCAAUCAAAUCGAGGGAAUUUUAAACAGUCGCCCCAUUUCCUCGUUAUCAGUGGAUCCAGAUGAUCUUGAGGUAUUAACACCUGCUCAUUUCAUUAUAGGUAGACCAAUUGACACGCUACCAGAUAUUGAUCUUAAAUCUCUAUCAAACAAUAGACUUUCACAUUGGCAACGUGUAACAAAAAUGACGCAAAUCAUUUGGAAACGGUGGACUAAUACAUAUUUAAAUAAUUUACAACAACAGAAUAAGUGGAUGAUUGAAAGAGAAAAUAUUAAAAUAGGGACAUUAGUCAUUAUCAAGGAAGAUAAUAUACCUAUCUUUAAGUGGUUAGUGGGAAGAAUUACAGAAGUUUUCCCAGGGUCUGAUGGUAAAGUAAGAGUUGUAAGUGUAAAAACAAAAAAUGGUGUAUUUAAACGCAGUGUAUCGAAAAACUGCUAUAUAUUAUGUGGAUAUCGAGCUGAUAAUCAUGGAGUCCUACGAAAAGUCAUACAUUAUUGUCAAAUCUUCUGUAAAAAGGUUGACAGAGAACAGAAUAGAGAACAAAAAGAAGUAUUAGCAGUUAGGACUAAGAUUGUAGAUGCUAGCAGCUGCAUAUAUCAUGAAAGCAAGAUACUUGCUUGGAAGUAG